AUGACACGGACAACAGCACUUAUCGCACCAGCCUUGGAUGGCAGUUUUGAACUAAGGGAGGUCUAUUUGGACUCUCUGCAACCAGAUGAAGCGCUGAUUGAGAUCCAUGCGUCUGGUGUCUGCCAUACUGACCUUUCCUGUGCAAGUGGUAAAUUGCCAUGCGCGCCGAAUGCGGUUCUUGGCCACGAAGGAGGAGGCGUUGUUCUUGAGAUAGGCGCAAAUGUCACAUCGGUCUCACCAGGCGACAAAGUUCUCCUGUCCUUCUCAUCCUGUGGCUCAUGUCCUGGGUGCAAAUCAGACCAUCCGGCCUAUUGCUACAGCUUCAACGAUUACAACUUCGGCGGAAAGCGACCGGACGGAUCAUCUGCCAUGUCCGUUAUGAAAGAUGGGAAGAAGCAACCGAUUUACAGCACCUUCUUUGGCCAAAGCUCUUUUGCGGCUCGAACUAUUGUUCAUCGAUCGAGUAUUGUCAAGGUACCUCAACAAACACCACUUGACCUCUUUGCGCCCCUGGGAUGCGGCAUACAGACCGGCGUUGGUGCUGUGUUCAAUACUUUGGAUGUCAAGCCUGGUAGCUCCAUCGCGAUUUUCGGCGUGGGGUCUGUUGGCUUAGCCGCUGUGAUGGCUGCAAAGGCGCGAAAGGCUAGCAGAAUUAUCGCCAUAGACCUACAGCCAGAACGACUAAAACUCGCCAAAGAAUUAGGCGCUACGGAUGGAGUGCUCGGUCCCGAUCAGGAGUACAUCAUCAAGGCGAUAAAGAACAUCUGCCCCCCUCUUGGUGUCGACUUUGCAGUUGACUGUACUGGCGUCCCCUCCAUCAUUGAAACUAUGGUCGCUUCCUUGGGAAUGAGGGGCAGGGCGGCUACAGUUGGCGCACCUGGGGGCAACGCGCAUGCUAAGAUAGAUAUCAUGAGUCAUCUCACGUACGGCAAGGAGUACGUGGGUUGUUCUGAGGGCGACAGCAAUCCUGGGGUUCUGAUUCCUGAGCUCAUCGAGAUGCAUGCCAAUGGCCUGCUGCCACUUGAGAAGCUGAUAGCGUACUAUGAUAUCAAGGACCACGAGAAGGCUAUGGCCGAUAUGAAGAGUGGAAAGGUCAUUAAGCCAGUCUUGAAAUGGACUGGAUAG